UUGACAGCUCCCACCAUUGCCAAUUGUGUCCAGCAUGCUGCCCGCGACACCAAUUUCUUGUAACUUGGGAGUGAACGAAAUACCACCGAUGUGAUUUCCACAUCCAAGAACUGAAGACUUCGUAUGUGAUACUGCGACAGUACCCCCAAAAGACGAAGUGAAUUGCUUUUGUGCGUUUGAAACCUGGAACUGGAACUUCUCAAAGGGUUACGGCGUUUUAUUUGAAGAGAACCGAAGAUUUUGAUCCUAACGUUACUUCUCUUAAGAUGGGAGCACAUUCAUUGAUAUUUUGUAUGUUUGCAACCUUAACGUGCUUAAGUCUGGAAAGCCCCCCAAACUGCGAUGAAGUACGCAAAGUUUUUCAACAGAGACAGAUCGGACCGGUGCAAUCCUUACCUGACAAACCGCGGAAAGGUAAUGACCUCCAGGUGUGCACGUCCAGGAAUCUGACCUGCUGCACCAAGAAGAUGGAGGAACGCUACCAGGUGGCCGCUCGCCGCGACAUCCAGAACCUUCUCCAGAUGUCCAGCUCCCCGCUGAAGUUCCUCAUCUCACGGAACGUGGCCGUGUUUCAAGACACUUUUGAGAACGUGAUGCUGCAGGCGGAGAACUACACCUCUUCCGUGCUCCUGAGCACGUACCGUGACGUGGCCACCGAGGCCUCGGGCGCCGUGAGCGAGCUCUUCACCGACAUCAGCCUGUUCGUGCUGGGCUCGGAGCUGAGCGUGGACGAGCUGGUGCAGCGCUUCUUCGACGCGCUCUUCCCGCUCGUCUACAACCGCCUCAUCAACCCGGGCCUGGCGCCCAUCUCCCGGGCCUACGCCGAGUGCGUGCGCUCCGCCCGCCGCAAUCUGCCCGCCCCGUUCGGCGGCGCCCCGGCCCAGCUGGCCGCGCAGGUCGGCCGCGCCGCCGUCCCGGCCCGCGUCUUCCUCCAGGCGCUGCACCUGGGCGUGGAGGUGAUCAACACCACCGACCACCUGCAGCUGAGCCGCGAGUGCAAGCGGGGGCUGCUCAAGAUGAGCUACUGCCCCCACUGCCAGGGCCUGACCCAGAGCCGCCCGUGCAUGGGCUACUGCCUGAACGUGCUGCGCGGCUGCCUGGCCAGCCUGGCCGAGGUGGACGCCCACUGGCUGGAGUUUGUGCGCUCGCUGGAGGAGCUGUCUGGCAGGAUGCACGGCACGCAGGACCUGGAGCAGGUGCUGUUGGGCGCGCACGCCCUGGUGCAGGAGGCCGUGGCGCACGCACAGAAGAAUGGCCCGCGCCUCUCCACACAAGUGCACAGGAUCUGUGGGCACCCCAGCAGGGGGGAGGCCCAGGCGGGCAGCGCGCAGAUGGGUGGUGGCGGCGGCAGAGACUCUAUCCCGCUCCGAGCUUCACCUCGAGAUAUCGACACCUCUCUCGCCAACAGGAGGAAGGAGUUUAUAAACAGCCUGCGCUUGUAUCGCACAUUCUACGGUGGCCUGGCGGACCAGCUCUGCAUGAGCGAGCUCGCCUCUGGAGAUGGCCUGGCCUGCUGGAACGGAGCCGAUGUGGUCAAAAGCUAUACUCUUCGCGUGGUGGGCAAUGGGAUUAAGGCUCAGACAGUAAAUCCCGAAGUCAAAGUGAAAGGAUUGGACCCGGUCAUAAAUCAGAUCAUCGAUAAACUGAAGCACAUCAAUCAGCUCCUACAAGGGAAGUCGAUCCCAAAGUUUGGGACUCUGGACGAGAUCGAGACAGGAAGUGGAGACCGAGAGGGCCGAUACAGCGGUGACUGCGACGAUGAGGAUGGUUGCUGGGGCUCUGGGAAUGGAGACGUCAAGAGGACAGUCCAGAGGGUCUCUAAAUUGACACCAGAAAAGACCAACAGUCACCGGCAUCACCACACGAAGACGGAGGACUUUGAGAACGGCGCUUCAGCCGGCUCGAGAGUUGGAACUCUAGGGGCCUGUCUGGCCCUGAUUUGGACUUGUGCACUGACAGUGUUGUCAUGGUAAUGUCACUCAAAAAGACUGCAGUCCACCCCUCCACCCUCCACCCGACCCCACCCCCCUCCAAAAGACUGAUAAUUUCUUUUCUUUCAUCUUCUCGGGAGUAUACAUAGAUAAAGAAAGAAAGAAAGAAAGAAAUAUAUUAAAUAAAGCAAGCUGCAUACUUUGGUGAACGGGUCAGGGGAAAGAGAAGAGUUCCUCAGUGGGGGCUCCUCAAAGCUGAGGAUCUGUAUGGUGAUGGCGUGUAUCGACAGGUCAUGAAAGACCAAUCUGGACGAAGAGUAACUGUGUUGCAAGGAUGUGUACAGAAGCAAGAAGAAGGAAGUCCUCCAGAAACGCAAGCCCCUUUUAUCCGCCAAUGAGUUUCAUCUGUACUGAGACCAAUACGAAGAGAUCCUGUGUGAAAAACUGACAGCUUCACUCACUGCCGGGAUUUAAACCAACGCCCCCCCCCCCCCC